UCAAGAGUAUAAUGUAGAAAACAAGACCAAUAAAUUCAGAAAGAAUGUCUCCCAAGAAUUGUCUUGCUGUCUACACUGGGUUACUUCUAACCCUGCAUCUAUUUUAUUGGACCUGUGGUUUGGUGUUGGUAGCUAUAUCUGUUUGGUCAGUUCUGGAUCCAACAAGAGGAGUGAUCCUAACUUUGAUAGCUGCAUUGGGGCAGGAUUUGCUACAGUUGAUCUGCUUUGCUCUGUUUAUUGCUGGAUCCUGGAUAUUUGCUGUGGGCCUGGUAGGAACUAUAGGAAUAAGAAACUAUAUCUUAAAAAUGAUAUUAGAUAGAACUGGAUUUAAAUGGAACAUAUGGAUUCAGGAUUUGAACAGAACAAAUUUGAUAUUUAUAGCAGAGAUAUUAUUUCUUAUAGGGAUUGUUCAGAGAAGAAAAUACUUGAUAGUUUCGUGUGGAGUACUCCUUGCUACCCUCAUAUUUGUGGAGAACCUAAUAAUGCUUCUUAUUUGGAUCAAUGCAGAAUCCAUCCAAUUCACAUUCAGAGAUGUGUUGAAGAAGAGAUUAGUAGUUGAGUAUGGGAAGCCGGAGUUUUCUACAUUCAUCAAGGCAGUGGACUUCGUUCAGAACAAGCAUUUAUGCUGCGGAAUAGAGCAUUGGUCAGACUACACGGAAAACACGCAGUUGAGUUGGAGAAGACGAGAUUUACCCAGCUUCUCAACAUUUCAGCUAAUUGUCCCGAGAACAUGCUGUAAACUCCUUAAUCAGGAGUCCUAUCGAGCUUGGAAGGAACCACAGCCGGAGAAUCUAGUCGCCUGUCAAUCAAAUAUUUCGGAGAUUUACAGCUUAUAUAGAUGGAGUCAGGGUUGCUAUUCAAGAAUAGAUUCCUGGAUAAAUCUUCAUCAAAAACCAUUUGGAUUAACCAUAGCAUCAGUUAGUAUAAUGCAGUGGUUGACACUGUAUCUCACUGUAAAAGUAUUCAAGAAAAUGGUUGAAAUCAAGAAACCAGUUUAUUUGUGAGUUAACAAAUCAUCAAUAAGAAACCAGUUUAUGUGUGAGUAAACCAACAAGAAACCGGUUUAUUUGUGAGUAAACAAACUAAGAAGUCAGUUUUUUUUUGAAAAUAAACAAACCAUGAAUCAAGAAACCAGUUAAUUUGUGAGUAAACAAACCGUCAAACAAGAAACUAGUUUACUUGUGAUUAAAAAACCUAAAAUAAAUAAGUUUGUUGUUUUACUUUUUUAUGAAAUACGAGGCCGGAAACAGGAAUAUCUAGACAGGAAACAGGAAAGUAGUGAAGACAUCAGAGAAUAUUAUCCUGACAAGCCGAGGUUAUGCCGGAAACAGGAAUACCUAGACAGGAAACAGGAACAUGAUGACGAUGUCAGAGAAUAUUAUCCUGUCAAGCUGAGUUUAUGCCGGAAACAGGAAUACCUAGACAGGAGCCAGUAACAUGAUGAAGAUACCAGAGAAUAUUAUACUGACAAACUGAGUUUAUGGUUACAAUGUAAUAUUUAUUACUGUCUUCUAUUACAAGCCAGGGAGUUUCGAGAUCCAUCAAUUUCACCCAUGGUUGUAGGAGGGGAGGAAGGCCAGCAACACCAAGUUCUCGUCCGAGCCACAUUCUCCUCAUUUUCUCGUCCAAGCCACCUCGGAAUCCUCGUCCUUCGAUCAUUUUGUGUUGAAAAGUUUGCAAUUCUUGAAGAUAAAACUAUUUUUUUAAAAAUCUGGCCACGUUAGGGCAUAAAAUAUGGAU